ACGUCCAAAUUUUUUGAACAAGUAAAGAAAAGAAUUCUCCCACAACAUUAAAAUUAUUAUAUAUACUCCACCUCUUCUCUAUUCUUCUCUCCCCUUUCUUCCUUCCUUCCCCCACACACACCCCCCAAACACCUUCUUAUUCUCCCUCCUCUUUUUCGUUUUUUUAAAAAAAUGAAGUUAUUUGGUUAUACAAUAAGUACCCUCCUCCAUGUUUUGUUUGUUCUCUCUUUCUCCAUUUCAGGAAUGGUUUCGUCUCUAGGAAUAAACUACGGGCAAGUAGCUAACAAUCUACCCCCGCCGGCAACAGUUUUAUCCCUAAUGACAUCAGUGAGGCUUACCAAGGCAAGAAUCUACGAUACGAAUCCUCAAGUAUUAACAACGUUCGCUAACUCUGGUGUUGAACUUAUUGUAACGGUGGAGAAUAACAUGUUAGUAACCCUGAUGAACCCUCAACAAGCUCUUCAAUGGGUUACUAGUCAUAUUAAACCCUAUUACCCGGCCACCAAUAUUACCGGUAUAUCGGUUGGAAACGAGGUUUUUACCGAUGGUGACACUUCGUUAACCAACUACGUUGUACCAGCAAUGGUUAGUGUACAUGCGGCGCUUGUUCAACUCGGCCUCAGCUCGUUUAUCCAAGUUUUUUCGCCUACAUCAGCAGGAGUCCUACAAGAAUCUUACCCGCCAUCUGCCGGGGCUUUCAAGCCUGAAUUAACAGGAGUACUCACCCAAUUUUUGCGCUUCUUACAAACUACUAAUUCACCCUUUUGGGUUAACGCGUACCCUUAUUUUGCUUACAAGGAUGACCCCACCCGUAUCCAACUGGACUAUGUUUUAUUCAACCCGAACGCUGGAAUGGUUGAUCCAUACACAAAACUGCAUUAUGACAACAUGUUAUAUGCUCAAGUUGAUGCAGUUAUUUUUGCCCUUUGGCGGUUGGGUCACGGUGGGUUGGAUGUGAGAGUUUCCGAAACUGGGUGGCCUUCAAUGGGUGACACAAAUGAGAUAGGGGCAACAGUACAAAAUGCAGCAACUUAUAACAAGAAUUUGUUAACAAGGCAAAUGGCUCAUGAGGGAACUCCUUUGAGACCAAAUAAUAGGCUUGAAGUUUAUGUGUUUGCUCUAUUCAAUGAAGAUUUGAAGCCUGGUCCCACUUCUGAAAGACAUUAUGGCUUGUUUCAGCCUGAUGGUACAAUGGCUUACAAUGUUGGUCUAACUUCUUUAGCUAAUCAUGAACAUUCUUCUAAACCUUCUACAUCCAUCUCUUUGACAUCUUCUGCCUCUAAGGAAACGUUUAAGGGAUAUCAAUGCUUGGUUUAUUGGAUGUAUGUAGUUUUGCUCGCUUUCCAAGUUUUAAUGAGAAGACCAACAUAACAAGUUCAUCUUCGAUAAUUCAAGGCAAGAUUAUGUGUAAAUAUCUGAAAUUUUAUUCUGUACCAAAUUCAUCGUAUAGCUAGCUAGGUCGUGUCCUGUCACUACAUGAAAAAAAAGGCAAAAUCAGGAUUUUAAAUUCGGGAUAUCAACAUUCGGCACAGUUAAUUGAAGGUGAUGAAGAGAUUUCAAGAUAAUAUUUCUUAGAGAUUUACAAAUUAAUUGGCUUGAAAAAGUUGGUUUCUUUUUCACCAACUUUUUACAAGCUUGGACAACACAAGGAAAAACAGCUCCAGGAUACGAUCAAAAAAUUGAAGAAUGCACCCCAUGUUCUUUUAAAAUCAGAACAACCAGAUUAUGAUGGGUGUCUUUGUUGGGCAUAGUCAAGCACCUUUACUUACUUUAUGGGGUCAAAUAUUUCCCUUAUCCGUAUUUCUUCGAAAAAACAUUCUUUUUUAUUUUAUAUAUGUAGGAUGUAUGAUUCACCCCAUAUUAAGUCACUAGUCAAACAAAUGUACUAUUGAAUUACAAAACAUUUUAUUGGGUGGGGUUAUGUAAACACCGGAUUCGUGUAUUCAUAAAGAACAUAAGAUUUAAUCAGUCGGGUUCAUAUAAAAAUUAGCUUUUUAUUACACUUAUUUUAUUAAAUUUAGGGUGACUAAUUAUGUUGUACAAAUAUACGAGUUAUCUUGUAAUUAUUUUUAUGAUGCGGGACAAAAGUAUUAUUUUGCACCCAAAUGUAAUAUAUUGUUGUAUUGUACAUAUAAAAUUUGUUGAAUUAAAUAUAAGUAA